ACUUCGCUCUGCCGUCAUCAGAUGAGGUGCAGUCGGUGCUGCGAGUACUCUAUCAGAUGGCAACUUGUUUUGGAUGUAUUCGCCGAUGUUUCAACGCCGGAGGAUUUAAUAAUGCGGGUGCCCAAGUCAACCGACUACCCACGGUCGUCUUGGACAUGCUCCACAUGGGCCAAGACGUGGUGAUCGUCAAGAACGGGCAAAGGAUUUGUGGCAGCGGUGCCGCGCUCGCCAAUGCACCUCUAGUUCAGAAUAAAUCCUACUUCGAGGUGAAGCUGCAACAGAACGGGCUCUGGGGCCUGGGGGUGGCGACCCAGAAGACGGACCUGAACCGGGUUCCCCUUGGCCAGGACCUGGACAGCUGCGUGCUGACGAGCGACGCCACCGUGCUGUGCAACAGGGAGGUGCUGCAUAAGCUGCAACCUACCAUCCAGGAGGGGGACGUCAUAGGCGUUUCGUACGACCACCUGGAACUCAACUUCUACCUCAACGGAGCUGACCUCCACGCUCCAGUGACUGGUGUCAAGGGCGAGGUCUACCCUGUACUUUACGUGGACGACGGAGCAAUCCUGGACGCAGUCUUCACGUCCUUCUACCACAGCCCGCCUCCAGGCUUCGAGCAGAUCAUGGUGGAGCAGUCCCUCCUCUGAGCGCGGCAACCCAUCCCCAAAUUCCCACUGCAAUCGCGACGUGGUACUUGUCGGGAAGCCUCCGCCGGUCGCACCACUUCCUUGUGGCUGUGCCCGGCAAGCUCUCGUGGCCCCCUAAGUUAUAAGCAUGUAGCCCAGCGUUGGAGACAUCCAGUUUUUGGAGCCAGCGCUGCGAAACCGGUGUGCAUCAAUCGAGCUUCUCCGGAAGCCCGACCGUCUGAUAACGGGUUGUGCUUGUGAGGAGGCUUAUCAAAAUGCCCUGCUUUCUUUAUGGGCCGCCUUUCCUUAGUGUCACCUUGUGCAAAAGAAUGCUGUUCAUGUUCAGAGACUUUGUCGACGUUAAUGCGCUCGCAGCAGGGUUAAGUCACUGAUGGUGGAGCGGGUACUAAUGUGCGGUGUUCUUUGUGUGGAAGUGCGCCAUGCGUUUCGCUCGCAUCGUGGUAGCGGUGAAGCGUUCUACCCAUGGCAAGUAGGAAGCGGAGUUUCAAUGCGAGGAGUAAUUAGAUGGUGUAUCCCACCAAUCUGGAUUGUUACAUGUUCUUGGGUCGAUAAAGCUAAUGAAAAAAAAAAAAGGCAGCAUAAAAUGUGCAAAUAACUUCAACGGGCAUUAUCACAGAAAUAUCUGGAAGGCCAAUGUGGAAGUUGGUGCUUCCAAGACAGCUAAACAAGCUAAGCAAAAUGAAAAUGUGGCAGCUCCAUAGAUGAUACAGCACAUGUGCCGACACUCUUAACUGAAUGAUGUAAAAUGGAUUAUGUACUAUUUUUAAGGAACAAUCGAACUGCCUGAUCUGUAGCCUUGCAAUGGGUUCAAGAUGGAAAGGCAGGGAAGAGAGAUUGAGAAUCUAUUAUACCUACAGCAACUUUAAAUAGUUGCUUUGAGCACUCCUCUCAGAGCUUGUGAGGUAUUAUUUGGCAAAGGUAAACUCUGGAACAGUUUUAUAUAAACCGUCCAGAUUUGGUGGCAGUUAAAUGGGAGUAAAACUACGCAUUGAAACAAUUGCUAAACCUACACUGCUCUCAGCUGAACCUAUUAUUUUCCAUUACUAUGGAAAAUUGCAUUUUCACUAACUUAUAUGUAUAAACAUUAUUUAUUAGGAUAGGGAUUGAAAAGGGGGGACUCAACCACUAAGAGAGAGGCUGAACUAACAAUGUUAUUGUUUUUUUUUUCCCCCUUAACUAUAUGCUUGUAGCAUAUGCACAAUUUGUAAAGCUUUGAGCUUGCUGAGAAGCAUGCUCGUAGCCUCACGAAUGGGAGAGAAAAGCUCCGUUAUAAUUUUGUGCAUGCCGCUACUACCGGGCACUUGCCUCAGUUGAUAGCAAAGUCCACUGAAUUGAUUUGUCUGGCAUUGCAACACUGUACAUUAAAAGUAAGUUAUGAUUUCAAAA